UUUCCCUUCCUUCCCAUGCACACCACUUCGAAUCUCUUCCAUAGUCUUUCUUUCGCUCUCUCCUCUUACCCUUUUGGUGGCAUUUGCACAGUGCUGGCACCUCUCGAAUUCCAUCCAAAAGAGCUCCAGCUUCCAUCAUUUGAGCUUCUUUCUUUCGGGAUCUGAGCUUUGUCCCAAGAGCUGGAUGAACUGACAUAGCCGAGCUCCAUCGAAGCAGCAGCGAGACAGGAAUGUCUCCGUUUAUGCACGGCCACUCGCACGUCCCUCCGGGUUUUCGGUUCCACCCCACGGACGAGGAGCUCGUUGGCUACUACCUGUACAAGAAGGUGUCCUCGGAGGCCAUCGAUCUCGACAUAAUCCGGGACAUUGAUCUCUACAAGAUGGAGCCAUGGGACCUGCAAGAGGAUUGCGCGAGCUCGGCAGAUCAGAGCGAGUGGUACUUCUUCAGCCACAAAGACAAGAAGUAUCCGACCGGGAGCCGAACCAACAGGGCCACAACAGCGGGGUUCUGGAAGGCAACAGGGAGGGACAAAGCCAUCCACACCAAGUUCAAGCUGAUUGGGAUGAGGAAGACGCUGGUGUUCUACAAGGGACGGGCGCCAAACGGGCAGAAGACCGACUGGAUAAUGCACGAGUACCGGCUGGAGGACGAGCAAAGCGGCAGCGAGGAAGGAUGGGUGGUGUGCCGGAUGUUCAAGAAGAGGCCGCCGCAGCGAUGCCAGAGCACGGGCUCUUGUUCAUAUCUCUACGACGAGCACCAGCAGCAGCAGCAGCUGCAGCAACACCAGCAGCAGCAGCAAAACAUGGCGGCGUCCAGCAGCAGCUGCAUGCAAAUGCAACAGCAGCCUGUGGAUCUCUUCUCGUACAAGCACGAAACUUUGAAUCCCAGCAUCGAGAGCAGUAGAAACACGUACCAGGAUCCCUUUUCUCAUCUCCCGCAGCUGGAAAGCUACGAGUAAGUAGUAGCUUGCAAGGCGCGCCAUUUUCUUCUUUACCCCUACACUGUGACAUUCCAAAAGCAUAAGGACGGCCACCAACACAAGCGCAAAAAGACAACAUUGAUAAGUCUUGCUCGAUGUGAAUAGCUAACCUUUGACAUCGUCCGUCAACCCUGUGAAAUUGUUGAUCCUUCACUAACAUUAUCAAUAAUAAAGCGAGAGAGAAAGAAGAUCGAGAGCG